CCAGCCAGCCGGCCGGACAGCGGGACCCGCAGCCCAGCCCAGCCCCAGGACAGCAUGAGCGAGGCGGGCCAGACCACCACCACCACCUCCUCCGCCGCCGCCGCCGCCGCCAGCGCCCCGGCGGCCCCCAGCGCCCCGCCGCAGGCUCCAUCCGAGCCGGCCGGCCCGGGCCCCCAGGACCCCGCCACCAACGGCCCCGGGGCCCCCAACGCCGCCGCCGCCGGACCCCCGACCGUCGACGCCUCCGCCCCUCCGGCCGCCGCCGCCGCCCCCGCCACGGAAGACCCGGAAAAGAAAGUUCUCGCCACCAAAGUCCUUGGUACAGUCAAAUGGUUCAACGUCAGAAACGGAUAUGGUUUUAUCAAUCGAAACGACACUAAAGAAGAUGUAUUUGUACACCAGACAGCAAUCAAGAAAAACAAUCCACGGAAAUAUCUGCGCAGUGUUGGAGAUGGGGAGACUGUGGAGUUUGAUGUGGUGGAAGGAGAGAAGGGAGCAGAAGCAGCGAAUGUCACCGGACCAGAUGGCGUUCCUGUGGAGGGCAGCCGGUAUGCUGCCGACCGACGCCGUUACCGGCGGGGCUAUUUUGGCCGGCGCAGGGGGCCUCCACGAAACUACCCUGGGGAGGAGGAGGAGGAAGGGAGCGGCAGCAGCGAAGGAUUCGAGCCCCCUACCGCUGACGGGCAGUUCCCUGGGGCGCGGAGUCAGUUUCGCCGCCCACAGUAUCGGCAGCGGCGCUUCCCGCCUUACCACGUGGGACAGACCUUUGACCGCCGCUCUCGGGGCUAUUCACAUGCCAACGUGCAGGGUGGCGAAAUGGGGGAAAUAAAGGAUGGGGUCCCAGAGGGUGCACAACUACAAGGCCCAGUCCAUCGGAAUCCAAACUACCGCCCACGGUAUCGCAGGGGCCCGCCUCGUCCUCGUCCUGCUCCGGCUGUGGGCGAGACUGAAGAUAAAGAGAACCAGCAUGGGGCCAAUGGUCCAAAUCAGCCAUCCCCUCGCCGUGGUUACAGGCGCCCCUAUAACUACCGUCGUCGACCCCGUCCUACGAAUGCUCCAUCACAAGACGGCAAAGAGACAAAGGCGGCUGAAGCUCCAACUGAGAACCCUGCUCCCGCCACCGAGCAGAGCAGUGCUGAGUGAAAUGAACCGGCUCCCCAGGCACCUCGACCAUUAGAAGGUGUCCUAAGACUAUUAAAAAAAACUACAAAAAAAAACUACCAACACCAAAGAAACAUCCAAGCAAUAAAAAUGGAAGACAGAAGUAAGAUUUGAAAACAUCGGAACUUUUUUUAUUUUUCUUAAAUUAAAACAAAAAACCCACAAAAAUAAACAAAAAAACUUACCAGCAAACUGAGAUCCCGGGAACGCCUGCACAGGUGAAAGACAAAGAAUCAGAAUGACCUCCCCCCGUUUCAGCGGCAACCGGGUUUUUUCCAGUUUUACCAUUUUGGUGGCAUUUUUGAAAUAAAUUUGAUACCAACUCUCUGGGGAAGAGCCCCAACCAAAGAGGUAGAAAUUUUGGUAAUUCUUUUCUUAUUCCUAUUCCCCUAGCCCUGUUCUUUUUGGAUGCUGGUGCUAACCCUUCCAGGUGUGGUGACUUUGACUUUUUUUUAAAUGCCGGUCCUGUUCAUUCUCAGGAAGAGGGGAGGAGACGUUCCCACUCUCUGACACUGGGGUCUAUUUGAAAAUGUGCAGCAUGAGUGACGUUCCUCAGAAAUAAAAAGUGAUUUAAACUCAAGGGAAAA